GUCGUGCACACCUCAUCUUCUCUUCUUCCUCUCUUCCCUUCCAUUUUUUCUCUUCUCUUCCACCAAACCAAGUGCGGCCAGAGAAAUUUCUCCCAAAUUUCAGAUCAAAUCCUCGAAAUCUCCGACACCUAGCCCCCCGGAGACUUCUCCUCAACAGUGUCGCGAUCCGUCUCGAUCCGGCAUGGAGCGCGUCUUCUCCGUGGAGGAGAUCCCCAACCCCUACUGGGUUCCGCCGCACCCUCAAUCGGCGGCCGCCGGCGCUGUUGCUGCACCAGCGGGGGAGGCGGCGGGGCUGAUGAACCGGUGCCCGUCGGAAUGGUACUUCCAGAAGUUCCUGGAGGAGGCCGUGCUCGACAGCCCGGUUCCCGUAGCCGGCGCCAGUAGGGGCAGCGUUGGAGCUGGAGUUGAGGCUGCGGAGAGCAAGACACCGGGGGCCGCGGCGCCGGCGGCUGCCUCGAGCUCGGUUGUUGACCCCGUGGAGUACAACGCGAUGCUCAAGCAGAAGCUGGAGAAGGACCUCGCUGCCGUUGCCUUGUGGAGGGCUUCUGGUGCAGCACCUCCAGAUCAUUCUCCAGCUGGUUCUUCCUUGCCAAGUGUGGAUGUUCCACACGCAGGCCCUCUUAAACCCAUCGGAGGUUUAUGCAUCCGGGGGCUCAAGUUGGAUACUCGACAGUGGGUGCACAAACCAUAUGACCGGGGAGAAAAGAAUGUUCUCCUCAUAUGAGAAAAACCAAGAUCCCCAACGAGCUAUCACAUUCGGGGAUGGAAAUCAAGGUUUGGUCAAAUGCUUGGGUAAAAUUGCUAUAUCUCCUGACCAUUCUAUUUCCAAUGUUUUUCUCGUUGAUUCUUUAGAUUACAAUUUGCUUUCUGUAUCCCAAUUAUGUAAAAUGGGCUACAACUGUCUUUUUACUGAUAUUGGUGUCACUGUCUUUAGAAGAAGUGAUGAUUCAAUAGCAUUUAAGGGUGUGUUAGAGGGUCAGCUAUACUUAGUAGAUUUUGAUAGAGCUGAGCUCGACACAUGUUUAAUUGCUAAGACUAACAUGGGUUGGCUCUGGCAUCGCCGACUAGCCCAUGUUGGGAUGAAGAAUCUUCAUAAGCUUCUAAAGGGAGAGCACAUUUUAGGACUAACCAAUGUUCAUUUUGAGAAAGACAGGAUUUGUAGCGCAUGCCAAGCAGGGAAGCAAGUUGGCACUCAUCAUCCACACAAGAACAUAAUGACGACUGACAGGCCACUGGAGCUCCUACACAUGGAUAUAUUCGGCCCGAUCGCUUACAUAAGCAUCGGCGGGAGUAAGUACUGUCUAGUUAUUGUGGAUGAUUAUUCUCGCUUCACUUGGGUAUUCUUUUUACAGGAAAAAUCUCAAACCCAAGAGACAUUAAAGGGAUUCUUGAGACGAGCUCAAAAUGAGUUCGGCUUAAGGAUCAAGAAAAUAAGAAGCGACAAUGGGACGGAGUUCAAGAACUCUCAAAUUGAAAGCUUCCUUGAGGAGGAGGGCAUCAAGCAUGAGUUCUCUUCUCCCUACACGCCACAACAAAACGGUGUAGUAGAGAGGAAGAAUCGAACUCUAUUGGACAUGGCAAGAACCAUGCUUGAUGAGUACAAGACACCGGACCGGUUUUGGGCCGAAGCGGUCAACACCGCCUGCUACGCCAUCAACCGGUUAUAUCUUCACCGAAUCCUCAAGAAGACAUCAUAUGAACUCCUAACCGGUAAAAAGCCCAACAUUUCAUAUUUUAGAGUUUUUGGUAGCAAAUGCUUCAUUCUUAUUAAAAGAGGUAGAAAAUCUAAAUUUGCUCCUAAAACUGUAGAAGGCUUUUUACUUGGUUAUGACUCAAACACAAGGGCAUAUAGGGUCUUUAACAAGUCCACUGGACUAGUUGAAGUCUCAUGUGACGUUGUGUUUGAUGAAACUAACGGCUCUCAAGUAGAGCAAGUUGAUCUUGAUGAAGUAGGUGAAGAACAGGCUCCAUGCAUAGCGCUUAGGAACAUGUCCAUUGGGGAUGUGUGUCCUAGGGAAUCCGAAGAGCCUCCAAGUACACAAGAUCAACCAUCCUCCUCCAUGCAAGCAUCUCCACCAACUCAAAAUGAGGAUGAGGCUCAAAAUGAUGAAGAGCAAAAUCAAGAAGACGAGCCACCUCAAGAUGAUAGCAAUGAUCAAGGGGGAGAUACAAAUGAUCAAGAAAAGGAGGAUGAGGAAGAACCAAGACCGCCACACCCAAGAGUCCACCAAGCAAUCCAACGAGAUCACCCCGUCGACACCAUCCUCGGCGACAUUCAUAAGGGGGUAACUACUCGAUCUCGGGUUGCUCAUUUUUGUGAACAUUACUCUUUUGUUUCCUCUAUUGAGCCACACAGGGUAGAGGAAGCUCUCCAAGAUUCGGAUUGGGUGGUGGCAAUGCAAGAGGAGCUCAACAAUUUCACGAGGAAUGAGGUAUGGCAUUUAGUUCCACGUCCUAACCAAAAUGUUGUAGGAACCAAAUGGGUCUUCCGCAACAAGCAAGAUGAGCAUGGUGUGGUGACAAGGAACAAAGCUCGACUUGUGGCCAAAGGGUAUUCACAAGUCGAAGGUUUGGAUUUUGGUGAAACCUAUGCACCCGUAGCUAGGCUUGAGUCAAUUCGCAUAUUAUUGGCCUAUGCUACUUACCAUGGCUUUAAGCUCUAUCAAAUGGACGUGAAAAGUGCCUUCCUCAAUGGACCAAUCAAGGAAGAGGUCUAUGUUGAGCAACCUCCCGGCUUUGAAGACAGUGAGUAUCCUAAUCAUGUCUAUAGGCUCUCUAAGGCGCUUUAUGGGCUCAAGCAAGCCCCAAGAGCAUGGUAUGAAUGCCUUAGAGAUUUCCUUAUUGCUAAUGGCUUCAAAGUCGGCAAGGCCGAUCCUACACUCUUUACUAAAACUCUUGAAAAUGACUUGUUUGUAUGCCAAAUUUAUGUUGAUGAUAUUAUAUUUGGGUCUACUAACGAGUCUACAUGUGAAGAGUUUAGUAGGAUCAUGACACAGAAAUUCGAGAUGUCGAUGAUGGGGGAGUUGAAGUAUUUUCUAGGAUUCCAAGUCAAGCAACUCCAAGAGGGCACCUUCAUUAGCCAAACGAAGUACACUCAAGACAUUCUUGCUAAGUUUGGGAUGAGGGAUGCCAAACCCAUCAAGACACCCAUGGGAACUAAUGGGCAUCUCGACCUCGACACGGGAGGUACUGGAAGUCUAGUUCAAAACAAGCUAGUUGGUGCUCCAGGCGGGGGAUCAAGUCCACAUGUAGUACAAAAUGCCGAUAUCCCUGUUAAGCAAACCACUAGCUCUUCCUCACGUGAGCAGUCAGACGAUGAUGACAUGGAAGGAGAUGCUGAGACUACUGGAAAUGGAAACCCUGUUCAACACAGAUUACAGAGAAGGAAGCAAUCCAACCGAGAAUCAGCCAGGCGUUCGAGAAGCAGAAAGGCAGCUCACUUGAAUGAACUGGAGGCACAGGUAUCACAGUUAAGAGUUGAGAACUCUUCGCUCCUAAGGCGACUUGCUGACGUUAAUCAGAAGUUCAAUGAGGCUGCUGUUGACAAUAGGGUGCUUAAGGCAGAUGUUGAAACCUUAAGAGCAAAGGUGAAGAUGGCAGAGGACUCAGUGAAGCGGGUAACUGGCAUGAACACAUUGUUCCCUGCCGUGUCUGAUAUGUCGUCCCUCAGCAUGCCAUUCAAUGGCUCCCCAUCUGACUCCGCCUCUGAUGCCGCCGUACCCAUCCAAGAUGACCUGAACAGUUACUUCGCCAAUCCAAGCGAGAUCGGAGGCAGCAACGGUUACAUGCCAGAUAUAGCUUCCUCGGUUCAAGAGGACGACGAUUUCGUCAACGGGGCUCAGGUCGCCGGCAAGAUGGGCAGCACUGACUCGCUGCAGCGGGUGGCGAGCCUGGAGCACCUCCAGAAGAGGAUGUGCGGAGGCCCGGCUUCAUCGGGGUCGACCUCCUAGGUUCCUACUCCAUCGGAUAUGAUAAAGGCCCUGAUGCCCACGGCAAGAAUAUGAUAAAUUAACAGUUUCACAUACUUUGUAGUGGACAUUGCUAAUGCUGCGAUGCGCAUUCGUUCGUUGUGGACUUACGGGUCUACUGCUAUUGAUUUAUUGUUCGUUCUUCAUGUGGAUCUCGUGUGUCCA